AAACCCGAAACGGACAACGAGACCCGCGAUAAAUAUCAAACGCGCACUCCCCUCAUUUCUCUUGUAUUUGUAACCGAAUAUUCAUCCACUCGCAAAUCAAAAGUUUCCCCCGAGAAAGUUCCCGAUUCUUGUUAAAUUCGUCUCUUGGAUUCUCACGCUUCUCACUUUUCACUCUCUUCUCGUCGAUCCGGCAGAGUCUGCAGAUCAGCAACCCCCUUCUUUGAUCUAAUUUCGUGCGCGCGUACGUGUUAAUGAUGUGUAUUUAUGAUUUAGAUCCGAGUUUAAAGAAAAUGAUUUGAUUUAGUUUCGAUUAAGCAUGAUUUGCUGCGAAUUGGAGUGUUGAUUAGAUGACAGAAAUGGCUGGCAGAGUUUUUAGGAGAAGUUCGGAUGUGAAGUUAGGGUACGGAUUGAAAUCGGUGUCCGGGCGGGUGGUUCGGGACGACUCGCCGGAGGGGGAGGGGGAGACGGAUGGGUUGAGGGAGAGUUGUUGUUGGGCGAGCAUGCCGCAGGAGCUUUUGAGGGAGGUUUUGACGAGGGUGGAGGCGUCGGAGGGAGGCUGGCCGUCGCGGCGGAACGUGGUUUCCUGUGCCGGAGUCUGCCGGAGUUGGAGAGAGAUCGUGAAGGAGAUCGUCGGGACGCCGGAGGUCUCCGGGAAACUGACUUUUCCGAUUUCGGUCAAGCAGCCCGGUCCCAGAGAGUCUCUUCUCCAGUGUUUCAUAAGACGGAGUCGUUCUACACAUACAUAUCAUCUUUACCUAAACUUAACUCAAGCGUUGGCUGCUGAUGGGAAGUUUCUUCUCGCUGCUCGGAAGUUUAGGCGCCCCACCUGCACAGAUUACAAUAUCUCUCUGCACAUUGAUGAUAUGUCAAAGGGGAGUAGCACAUAUGUGGGGAAAUUAAGGUCAAACUUCCUGGGAACCAAGUUUGUAAUAUAUGAUGGUCUGCCACCCCAUGCUGGAGCCAAAAUGAUGAAGAGUCGCUCAACUAAACUAGUGGUCUCAAGACAAAUUUCCCCAAGAAUUCCUGCUGGCAACUACCCUGUAGCUCACAUCACAUAUCAGAUGAAUGUGUUGGGAUCCAGGGGUCCUAGAAGAAUGAAUUGUGUUAUGGAUGCCAUUCCUGCCUCUGCCAUAGAACAUGGAGGCGUGGCUCCCACACAGACUGAGUUCCCUCUUAUCAACAUGGAUUCUUUUCCAGUGCUCCCAUUUUUCCGGUCAAAAUCAAGCCGCAGAGAGAAUAUUGGUUGUGGAUCUAUAACUGACCACAGAGAUGGGGCUCUGGUUUUGAAGAACAAAUCUCCCAGAUGGCAUGAGCAACUCCAGUGCUGGUGCUUGAACUUUCAUGGACGGGUAACAGUUGCUUCUGUGAAAAAUUUUCAGUUGGUGGCUUCUGCAGAGAAUGGACAAGCGGCCCCAGAACAUGAGAAGGUCAUCCUCCAGUUUGGGAAAGUGGGGAAAGAUAUAUUCACCAUGGAUUACCGCUACCCACUCUCUGCAUUUCAGGCAUUUGCAAUUUGUCUUAGUAGCUUCGACACCAAGAUUGCUUGUGAAUGACAAACUGACAGAUCCAGUUGUUGACGCUCCCUUUUCUCCUGAUGACUGCUCAAACUGCACAACAAAGCUGCAGAAUGAAGCAUGUUGGAAACUAUGCAACAACUAUAGCUCAUUUAAUUUCUAUGCACUAAUAGCCUUUGUUUUUUUUUUUUGGGGGGGGGGGCUUAAAUCUGUCUCUGUUUGUAUGUGACUUUGACUAUUUAUUUCAUGAAAGAAAAGUCUCGCCCAGCUUUUGAA